AGGGUUGAUUAUUGGUCUAAACCAGAGUAUUGAUCGUAGUCACUAAUGUGUAUUCGCGUUUGUUUUCAUCGAUUCUAUGGAAAUGAAUGAAGAAAUAUUGCAGCAGGCUAUUUAGCAUCAUUGGACACACACUUUAAAAAAUGACACUUAACUGGUUCCUUGAGAGUGUGCUCGUUGUAGCAAUGCUGCUGUUUUUUAACGAUGUGAUCAAAGCUUCAUUUUACGAGCCUCUUACAAACAACGAUUACUCAGUAUGGAAAAUCAUUAACAGUCGUUAUAAAAGGGCGGAGAAAAUCAAAACUGACGUCAAUGUUACCUCAUCAGAAAAACAGACGGAUUAUAAUGUUAGUUCGUCAAAAGUUAAAAUACCAGCAGGUACCAAGUGCUUCAAUGAAUCAAUUACAGCAACGAACGGUACAUUCUACUGUCCAGACUCCGGACAUCCUUCCGAAUGGACAGCAUGUUGCGGAGACAAACCUCAACAGUUUUGUUGUCUGCCAGGUAUACGUAAAAAUCCGAAGAAGCAAGAUGUAACUCUUGAUUUAAUAACUGCCUUAAGUAUAGUGAUAGGAUUUAUAGUCUCUAUAUCUUGUUGUUUACUGCUCUAUUGUUGUUGCUGUCAAAAACGAUCAGGAGUGCAUUCUGGGAAGUUAGUAUGGCUAAAAAGAAAAAAGCAAGGAGGCAAAACAGUAUAUACUACGAGUGACAAUCCAGACCUUGACGAUGAUCAGGAAGGUACAGAACUAGUAGGAUUUAUAGAACAAAAAGAUGAGGACGGAUUUAGAUCAAGAACUGGCUCUGUUAUAGAGUCUAGACCAGGAUCAAGGAGAGCUUCUAAAGCCUCAAUAGACCAUAAGCAUGAGCAUAAACAUGAGCAUAAACAUGAGCAUAAACACGAACAUAAGCAUGAUCAUAAGCAUGACCAUAACAAAACAGACACAGAUGGCACUGCCAAUCAUUCUCCGAUUCCUGUUGUAAAACACGUGACUCCAUCAGGGCAAGUCUUAAUGGUACCACUUAUAAAUAUUCAGGGAAGUACGCCGGGAACAUCACCAUCAUAGUGAUUACCAACAGGUAAACCAUUAGAUGAUUUAUAUAUAGAAAGAAAGUAAAGAAUGGAGACAUUUUCAACUUAAGAUACGCACUAAAGUCAUUCCUUUGACAAUGCUCAAAGACAAUUGUCACGUCAAGGGAAAUGUAACGGAUCCACUCGAUAACACCAGAACGAGGCGGUUAUUAAUAUUUAAUUAUUACAUACAAAUGUAUAAUGUUUUUGAUCAAUAUGUCUGUAGCAGGAUCAAAUCUGUCAUUAUAAAAAUAACUUUAAAGACAUAGUAAUAAAGGCUCGUGUACUGGCGCUUGUUUGUCAACAGGUGCUCUUUUAUUUCAUGUGGUAUUAAAAUUGUUGAAACGAGCUCAUUACACAUUGAGUCGUGCUUUCGUUUAAAUCCGCUGAUGCAUCUUAUCUUUUUUAUAUCUUUAAAAAAAAAAAAAGUAAAACCACAAAAAUACUGAACUCCGAGGAAAAUUCAAUCGGAAAGUCCCUAAUCACAUGGCAAAAUCAAAUGACAAAACACAUCAAACGAAUGGACAACAACUGUCAUAUUCCUGACUUGGUACAGGCAUUUUCAAAUGUAGAAAAUGGUGGAUUGAACCUGGUUUUAUAGCGCUAAACCUCUCACUUUAAAUGUAUGAUAGUAAAAUUCUACGGUAGAAAGGCAGUUCGACUUCAUUCGAUUAUUACUUUUUGGAUGCUUAUCAUUUUGAAUUUCCAGUAAAGUGGAGCUUAUGCAUAAAUGACUUGAAAAGAUAGGCUCAUGUAUUUGCCCGGUAUAUCUUGGAAAAUUGAUAUCACGACGCAUAUUCACUAAUGCACUAAUGCACUGUGAUCAAUAUUUAUUUGGCAAUCAAUAACUUGAGGCCAUUUUGAGGAUGCAAUGAGCCGCAGGAUAUUAUAUGUUGAGGGCAUGAUUUUGACUAUUUUAGGUGAAGAAUAUCAACAAAGAUGGGUUCCUUUGUUCUCGGUUUUGUCAUUAGGUGUAUGUCAAUACCUCAUGUCCUUUCUUUUCCAUUGUAUUCGAAUGAAUGUGUCAAAAUUUACAUUAAUUGUUUAUUCAAUGCUUUGAAACAUUAUUUCUUCUUAUUAAUUCAAGUUUGGAAACAAAAUUGAUAGGCGAACAAAACACAACAACUCUUCUGGGGGGAGGGUUAAGUCAAUGUAAGUUUUAAAACAGCUGUUUGCUAUGAUAAAAUGCAAGAUGGGAAUGACAUCACUGAUUUGACAUUUGUAGACGAAACACGCGUCUUUCUUACAAAAUUAUAUAAUUAAUGUAAAUUUUGACGCAUUCAUUCGAAUACAAUGGAAAAGAAAGGACAUGAGGUAUUGACAUACACCUAAUGACAAAACCGAGAACAAAGGAACCCAUCUUUGUUGAUAUUCUCCACCUAAAAUAAUCAAAAUCAUGCCCUCAACAUACAAUAUCCUGCGGCUCAUUGCAUCCUCAAAAUGGCCUCAAGUUAUUGAUUGUCAAAUAAAUAUUGAUCACAGUGCAUUAGUGCAUUAGUGCAUAUGCGUCGUGAUAUCAAGUUUCCAAGAUAUACCGGGCAAAUACAUGAGCCUAUCUUUUCAAAUCAUUUAUGCAUAAGCUCCA